AUGACAGACAAAAACCUCCAAGAAAAAGCUAAUGGGAAUAUGUCACCUCUUCCAUUAAUCCCUGAUAUAACAAUUGAUAAGAAACCAACCACUUUAUCGGAUAAACGCGCUAAAGUUUCAAGCAGUCAGUUUGGUUUUAUCGUUUUCCUGGCGGGGGUUAUGCUGAUUUUUGCUUGUUCACUCAAAGUCACCAGAACGACCAAAACUGAUCUGCAAAUCUUCCUUAUAAUCCUGAUGCUGGUGCAGAUGUUUUGGAUGCUUUUGUACAUUUUAAUAAGUGACAGCAAGAAAUGGGGACUAAAAGAAAAGGAUGCGCAUGCAGGCGCAAGGUGGCUGAGAUGUGGGAUUGCCUUGUUUGCUGUGAUGACAUUAAUUAUGGACUCAUUGGAUUUUGCGUACUUCCUUGGAUAUUCUCAGUGCAUGCCAGUGACCGAAGGCAUUUAUCAAGUCACACAUUUUAUUCACACAGUUUUCCAGGUUUAUUUUCUUUGGUAUCAUUCCAAGGAUGUCAUCCUAUCAUUCAAGUCCCUUGAGAGGUUUGGAUUAAUCCUUUCUGUGUUUACCAAUUUACUUUUAUGGACUAGUGCUGUAGCAAUAGAAUCAGAGAGUCAACUUUUGGAACAUAUGGGAAGACUGUCAUCUCUUGGCUUUGUAAACAUAUCACGCGCUGAAAAUCGUCCAGAGUGUAACUGUACCAAUAACUUAUGUGGCUCAUUUUCCAAAGGGGUGUUUUACACUUAUCCAUUCAACAUUGAAUAUCAUAUUUUAGCAUCCACAAUGCUAUUUGUUUUGUGGAAGAAUAUUGGGAACAAGAUCAAAUAUCAUCAGAAGAAAAUGGUAUUUAAGUUUCAUUAUGUACUGCCUGGAGCAAUAUUGGGAUUUGUUGUACUGGCCGUGACGAUUGGUGUUCUUGUUACAUAUUUUUUGAAGAUUGGAUAUUCAAAACAUAACAGUGAAUUAGCACUCUUAAUAUAUUAUUUGUAUUCCAUUAUUGUGCUGAGUAUAAUGUGUGUAGCCUCAGUUAUAGGUCUUUCUUUAUUUAAAGUAGAGAAUAACUCUGUAGGGGAGGAUAAAAGUCCUACAAUAAAACUGGACGCAGAUCUUCUGAUAGGUGCAGCCUGUGGUUCCUGGAUUAUCGCAUGGGGAUCCAUCUUGGCAAUCAUAUUUGCUCAAAGCCAUCCAACUUAUACGUGGUACAAUUUACCCUAUUCAAUCCUAAUUAUAAUUGAAAAAUAUGUACAAAACCUUUUUAUUAUUAAAUAUAUUUAUUGUAAGAAUGGGAAAACAACCGCAAAUGUAAUUUCUAACACUGAAAUAUCCUCUAUACCAAAUGAGAUGAACUCGCAAGUUGAACUUACAGGCACUGAAUCUUAUAAUGAAGAUACAUCGUCUAUGCAACAUAUUAUUCAAACAUCUCCUGCCCUAGAGGACAAAGAAACAUUUCACAAAGCCACAAUAGUUGAAAAUGUUUCCUUAAAAGAUCUGGAUAUUAUAAGUAAAGACAAACCAAUGAUGAAUCAAGUCCACUAUUUAGUUUCUCAGAUACCAAACAAUGAAGAUAUCUCCAUGAAAUUAAAUUCUAAGAAGAUAAUAAUGAAAAAUAUUACAGUUUUCCUCUUCAUGUGCAACAUUGCGCUCUGGCUUUCUCCUGCUUUCGGAUGCAGACCACAGUAUGAUAAUGGAUUGGAAGCACUUGUUUUUGGAUUUGAACCAUGGAUUAUUGUCAUUGAUAUUGCACUUCCAUUUUCAGUUUUCUACAGGAUGCAUUCAGCAUAUUCACUGUUUGAUGUGUACAGCACAAUAUAA